CCAAGGGAGGAGGGAAAGCAAGAGGAGAGAAAGGGGGCGGUCCUGUCACGCUGGUACCUGGCCGGUGAGGGUAUAUAAGCAGAACCACCGGCUCCAGCAUUCACACCAACUCUCCGCACUCAUCCUCCAAGGUUCCAGCCCUCCGAAUAGCUCCUCAUUAAACAUGGUUCGCCCGCUGUUUGUGGCCGCGCUGGUGCUGGUGGUGCUGGUGGUGGACGCCCAGGACGCGUGCAGGCACUACUGCAAAUCAAAUAACCCACCUGGUUCAGUGUACUGUUGUGACGACGGUUCUGGUGUCGGGGAGUUCACAGAACACGCAGGAAAGUGUCCGAAGCGUCCAGUCUGCCCUCCUACUAUCCAAAAAUUCAGGGGCCCCAAGGUGUGUGCUCACGACGGCCAGUGUUCCCGCAACGAGAAGUGCUGCUACGACGCCUGCCUCGAGCACCACGCCUGCCUCCUGGCCGUCCACUAGCUCGCCCGCCGCCUCCCCCUCCCUGGUGCCGGCGAGGGCUCCUCCCAGCCAGCAGGCAUCGGGGGCCGGGAAGCUGGAGGCCUUCUCCUGGGACGAGGCCAUACUUUGUUAUUCAACUGUUUUACUUACUUGUUAAAUCAUGAGAAAGAGAGGAAAAAAAUCAUUCAAAAAAUAAAAUAAUAAACUAUA